AUGACCACCAACGAGCCUCUUCCAGCACACCUGGAUCCGAAGACUUACCCGCGCAUUCAUCAUGAUGCAGCCCACAACAUCCACAUAACGCUCACCUACGACGUCCUGGACGCAAACACCUAUCUGUCACAAACAUCCUCCCCCGCAGCGGGCGCAAACAUUCUCUUCCUCGGAACAACACGCGAUACCUUUGAAGGCCGCCCGGUCUCUCAGCUCAGCUACACUACUUAUCCACCUCUGGCGUUGAAAACGCUCGCCAAGAUCGCGGAGGAGGCCGUUCAGACACAUAAACUUGAGGGCGUGAGCAUUGCACAUCGGCUGGGCGUUGUGCCUAUUGGGGAGGCUUCAAUCGCCAUUACUGUGAGCUCCGGGCAUCGCGGGGCAGCCUGGAGAGCUGGCGAAGAGGUGCUGGAGGCUUGUAAAGAGAAGGCGGAGAUUUGGAAGAGAGAGGAAUUCGUUGAUGGGGGAAUGGAGUGGAGGGCGAAUGCCGACAGAGAUGCGGAAGGGAGGCCUUUGAAGAAAGCAGAAGCAUGA